ACUGCUGGCCUCCAGCACUGCUGGUCCCAUAUUCUGGCAGCUGCCCACACUGUGCACUGUGUGACAGGCUGUGUGUGCCAGCCAGGAGAGUGUGCCCGGCACACUGAGGCUGAGGCCAGGACUCAUGGGGCCUGCUGGCUUCCACGGCCGCUCGUGGACAGCGAUCCUCCUCCCAGCCUCACUUCUGAUCACAUGGAGCCCCCCAGCUGCUGCCCGCUUCACUGGCCAGGCUGAUCCGCUUAGCAACACCCAGAUGGAGAGAGCUCCACUGGCCAAGCCCACCCUCACAGUCAGUCAGAGAACUGUCACAGAGCAGAGGGAAAAGGCAGUCUUCUCCUGUAGGACUAAUGCUGUUAAUGUCACCAUCCACUGGGUCUCCAACAACUCUUCACUCCUGUUGAAUGAGCGGAUGAAGCUGUCUGCAGAUAACAAGACCCUCACCAUCCUCCUUGUCCAGCGGGAGGACUCAGGGUCUUACCUGUGUGAAGUACAGCACGGCUUUGAGGUGCAGAAAAGUGACAUCGUCCCGCUGGUGGUAAACUAUGGUCCUGACCCUGUGUCAAUCAAGCUGGAUUCAGGAGUAGCCACUGGGGAUGUGGUAGAGGUGAUGGAAGGCCACACCGUGAAGUUCUGGGUGGAAACACAGUCUUACCCUGUCCCUGCCUAUACCUGGUAUCCCCCCACUGACUCGAUCCAGCCCUCCACCACAGGAACACUCAUCAUCCAUGCUGUGUCCAGAGAACACGAGGGCAUGUACAGGUGCCUGGUGUCCAACACUGUCACCAAAUUGUCCCGCCUAGGUGUUAUCAAAGUCCAAGUGCUUGAAAAUGUGACUGCACCAUAUAUUGAGUUACCAACCUUGGCCCUUGUGGAGAACGCCACCUCUGUGACGCUGACCUGCAAAACCAGCCACCAGAGGGUUGGUGUCCAUUGGUAUCUGAAGGGUCAGCCACUCAGGCCUAGUGAGCACCUGACACUGUCAUCUGAAAACAGAACCCUGACCAUCCACAGCCUUCAGAGAGAUGAUACUGGGCCCUAUGAAUGUGAGGUGUGGAACUGGGGUAGCCAGGCACGCAGUGACCCCUUGAAUCUCACCAUCAACUAUGGCCCCGACAGAGUGGACAUCACCCAGGGGUCAGCGUCUGGAGUGGUCAGCACCGUUGAGGCAGUGCUCAACUCCAGCCUGACCCUGCACUGCUGGGCUGACUCCAAACCAGAUGCCAGGUAUCACUGGACCCACGAGCACUCCUCUGAGGUGGUUUCUGGGGAGCAGCUGAACAUCGAGGCACUGAGGCAGGAGCAUCAGGGCAUUUACAGCUGUACAAGUUCCAAUGACGUCACCGGCCUGGCCCGAUCUGCCUCUGUCCUGGUCAUGGUGGUGGGUCUCCAGCCAUCCUCUAUGUCUCCUGGAGCCAUCGUUGGCAUUGUUCUCGGGAUCCUGGUUGCCAUUGCUUUGGUGAUAGGACUGGGCUACUUCCUCUACAGCACCAAGGACAGAUGGACCUGCAGGAGAUCAGCCAGUGACACGAAUACCUCUAAUACCAUGCCACCCACCUCUGUGAUGCAGAGCACCCCAGAGUCCAGACCCAACAAACCAAAGCCUGUGCAUGACAAUACACCAAAGCCCGAAGGAGAGGCCAGAGGAAAAAAGAUGCCGAUACUGCCACCUGACUCCUCAGAGCAGUUCUAUGAGAAGAAGCCACCUUCCGCAGCUCCCGAGGGCGCCAGGAAGCCACUGCCCCAAAUCCCGAAGCAGCCAUUGGUUCCCCCAGUACCAGGCAAAACCGAAGAGUCAGAUUAUGAGAAAUUGCUGAAUCCAAACCAUAGUCUUUACUGCAAGAUCAACCCAUCAGCCUGAUGGAUGCCAAGUUUCUUUUCCCAGAAGGUCGAGACAUGCCAUCCUGGGCGCCAUCCUGGGCGCCAUCCCGGGUGACUUACUGCAGGACCUUGAUACCUGCAUAUUAGAAUCCAGCCAUUCCCUGCCACCUUUGUGGACUUCAUGAUGCCCUGGCUGGAUCAGACUCUGGACAAACAGGUUUAACCAAAUCUUAGCUUUUGGUUCAGGCUUCAUUUACAGCAACAGAGCUGGGCUGGGGAGAUGGCUCAAUCAAGAAGAUCACUUGCAGCAAUUCCAAACGACACAGGUUCCCAGAACCCAUGUAUGGAAACUUACCUACUCUAACUCCAGCUUCCAGGGACCCAAUACCCUCCUCCGGCCUCUGCAGAAACAUGAAUACAUAC